CGACGUCCGCACUUCCGUGGGGAGGGAACCGAACGCCGGGAGCUCCCGGGCUGAGGGCGCGAGGAGAUGCGCGGCGUGUCAUGGACAUCCGAGAAGGGAUGAACACCAGCCGCCACCGCCGGGGAAACACUCAGACAAAUGGUGAAAGUGCUGCAAAGGACAAAGCCAGGAUUCUACACACUUGUGAUUGGAUGUGAGCUGAUAUUUACCUGAGACCAUUAAAAUGGAGUUGCUAUGGAAACUUAUAUUGCUGCUGUCAUUGGUGGAGUGUCUGACAGGAAGUGGAGUCCAGCUGAGGCCCGUGUUCACCAAGCAGCCUGGCAGUGUGGUGUUUCCCCUUCAAGCUGGCGCAAGUCCCAGAGAGGUGGUGUUCAGCUGUGAGGCCCAGGGACACCCCCAGCCCUUCUACAGGUGGAGGCUAAAUGACACUUUCAUCCUUCCCAGACCAGGGUCACGUUACUCUCUCAUGGGAGGAAACCUACACAUCAGCCAUCUGAAUAAAGAGGAAGAUGUUGGCGUAUAUCAGUGCCUGGCAUCAAACUCUUUUGGAACCAUCGUCAGCAGAGAGGCCAGUCUGCACGUUGCAUACUUGGAGAACUUCAAGACGCAGAGAAGAAGUCCAGUGAGGGUUCGCGAAGGUCAAGGAGUGGUCUUACUGUGUGGCCCGCCACCAUACUCUGGAGAGCUUACCUUCACAUGGAUUUUCAACGAGUACCCGUCGUUCAUCAUCCAGGACACGCGGCGCUUUGUGUCCCAGAAGACCGGCAACCUCUACAUCGCCAAAGUGGAGCCUUCCGAUGUGGGCAACUACACUUGUGUUGUCACCAACACAGUCACCAAAAGCAGUGUGCAGGGGCCACCCACUCCCUUAGUGCUGCGGGUGGACGGUGUGAUGGGUGAAUACGAGCCAAAGAUCGAAGUUCAGUUCCCAGAAGUCGUCCCUGUUGCUAAGAGCUCAACUGUGAAACUGGAAUGCUUUGCACUUGGAAACCCAGUGCCAACCAUCAGCUGGAGAAGAGUGGACGGAGCCUCUUUUGGCAGGAAGGUGGACAUUAAUAAAGCCAGCGGUGCUUUAGAGAUCCCUUACUUCCAGCAGGAGGAUGCGGGGAUAUAUGAAUGUGUAGCUGAAAACAGCAGAGGAAGAAACUCGGUGAAAGGAAAGCUGUCUUUCUACGCUGCUCCUCAUUUGACCGAGAAGCCGCAGGACGUCCAGAAGACCAUCGACGACACGCUGGUGUGGGAAUGCAAGGCCAGUGCCAAGCCCAAGCCCUCGUACCGCUGGCUGAAGAACGGAGAGCCUCUGGAUCCUAUGGAGCAGGACAGAGUUCAGGCGAAUAAUGGAGUGCUGACAAUCAAUAGCUUGAAUCUGGCUGACAUCGGCAUGUACCAGUGCGUGGCGGAGAACAAGCAUGGCCGGAUUUUCACCAACGCAGAGCUGCGAGUCGUAGCCAUCGCUCCAGACUUCACCCAGAACUUGUUGAAGGCCCAAACUCUGGCCCGACAGGGCGGCGACAUCCUAAUCGAAUGCAAGCCCAGGAUGUCUCCCCGGGGCGUGAUUUCUUGGAGGAAGGGGAAGGAAGCCCUGCGAGAGAGCCACAGAGUCACUGUGUUGGAAAGUGGGAGCCUUCGGAUUUCCAAUGUUUCCAAAAUGGAUGCUGGACUUUACACGUGUGCUGCCAGGAACCAGUUUGGUGUAGCAAGCAGCGCUGGCAGCCUUUUGGUUAAAGAGCCGACUGUUAUCACCAGUCCAGCGGGUCACCUGGACGUGACUGUGGGUGAGAGCAUCGUGCUCCCCUGCCAGGUAUCUCAUGACCCCACACUGGACCUCAAGUUCACCUGGUUUUUCAACGAGCAGCUCAUCCACUUCGGAAGCCACGGGGCGUAUUUUGAAAAAGUUGGCGGGCGCUCAGCUGGUGACAUCAUGAUUCGUAACAUUCAACUGAGGCAUGCUGGGAAAUAUACGUGUGCCGUUCAGACCAAGGUGGACAGUGUGUCUAUUGCCACUGAUGUGGUAGUCAGAGGUCCCCCGAGCCCCCCUGUGAACUGUCAGGUGACGGAGAUGACGGAGACCUCUGCCUUGCUGUCCUGGGGCCCCGGCAUAGAUAACCACAGCCCCGUCCUCAGCUACACCAUCCAGGCCAGAACGCCCUUCUUCCUCGGGUGGCAAGCGGUUACCACUGUUCCUGAGCUGCUCGGGGGGAAGCAGCUGUCAGCCACUGUCACCGACUUGAGUCCAUGGGUGGAGUACGAGUUCAGAGUCUUGGCAAGCAACAGCAUAGGAACAGGAGAGCCCAGCAAACCCUCGAAAAAGGCCCGCACCAGAGACACGCUUCCCAGGGUGACUCCAGCCAGAGUGAACGGUGGAGGUGGUGGGCGUUCAGAGUUGGUCAUCACUUGGGAGCCUGUUCCCGAGGAGCUGCAGAGCGGUCCGGGGUUUGGCUACGUGGUGGCUUUCCGCCCACUCGGGGCACAAGGUUGGAUGCAGGCGGCUGUCACGUCCCCGGACGCCUCUAGAUACGUCUUCAAGAAUGAGAGCAUCCCUCCAUUCUCCCCUUACCAAGUCAAAGUCGGGGUUUACAACAACAAGGGAGAAGGCCCCUUUAGUCCAGUGACCACCAUCCACUCAGCGGAGGAGGAGCCCAGCAGAGCUCCAGGGAGGCUGAGGGCGAGGAGUGUAUCGGCGUCGGAGGUAGAGGUCACCUGGAAGCCACUGGCCUGGAGUAACAACCGCAGACGCAUCCUGGGCUAUGAGCUGCGGUACUGGGGUGAGAGGGAGAAGCAGGACACAGCCAGUGUGAUCAGGACAGUGGGGAAUAAAACUUCAGUUCUCAUCAGGGAUCUGGAGGGCAGCAGUACCUAUUACAUGUCCCUCCAGGCCUACAACAGCGCAGGAGUGGGUCCGCAGAGCAUCAUCGUCAAUGUCACAACCAAGAAACCACCGCCUAGUCAAGCCCCAGUCAAGAUAAUGUGGAACACCUCCAACUCCAAAGUCAUCCUAAAGUGGGACCAAGUACAUGCUCUGGAGAACGAGUCAGAGGUCACAGGAUAUAAGGUGAUGUACAGCCAGGACAAACACAGCCGUCCCAGUGUGGUGGAGACCAACACCACCUCCUUGGAGCUGUCGCUGCCGGUCAACCAGGACUACGUCAUCCAGAUCAAACCCUUCAGCGAGGGGGGAGAAGGCAUCAGCAGCCGCCAGAUAACCAUCCCCAAGAUAGCAGGCUCCAUAGCCACGGGUGCAGCCCCCCAGGCCUGUGCAUGUCCCUUGGGGAACCUCGCGGCCCUAAUCCUCACAGCCACGGCCAUGCUAUGACAGAAAUCUGCAGGAACCAGGCGCUACAGCUGCUUGUUAAGAGGAAGGACAGCGGGUCGAAGACAACAAGAGGCUGGCAGCAAGUAUCUCCAGCUGCUCUCCACCCUACCCUACUGUGUCUUCUUUCCACAAAGGCUCUCUUUGUGAGGAAGGUUCUUUUCCUCUACCUUUCCGAGGGAGUCGCUGAAAGGAACUGCUCCUUUCAGAAGUCGCAUUUAUGGAAGUGAAAGUACGCCGUAACUCGACUGCGGUCUCUUUGAAGUUUCUUUUUUUCUUUUUUUCUCUCUCUCCGCUGCUUUCUGAGCAAUUGAUAUUCUCACAUGGUUUUCACCCUGGAGGCCCCGGUGUUGUGCGAUGCACAAUAGGAUGUGUACAUGUUUUUCUUUGUGGGACCUGGCAGGUUGUGUUAAAAGGAUAUGUAUGUAGCACUGAACUUUUCCUGGAUGAUGGGAUUGUAUUUUAAACAGGGGACGGAGGAGACCUAAAGCACUAACCCGUUCUUAAAUGAGUGAUGUUGUAUUUAAGCUUGACUCAUGACAAAAGAAACAGAUUAAGUCAUUUUCCUCCUCUCUCUGGACUGUCUGGGGGAAACUCGCUGAACUGCCUCCGAAGGAAAACCAACCAAACCCUGGCACAAGAGAAAGAAAAGAAUAAAAAAAAUGAGAAAAAAAAAACGAGAAAAAAACAAGCUAAGCCUCAUUGCUUCAUGACAAACUAGAAUUUGGAAUCUUUGUAACUUUGCCUGGAUUUUAUUCGUACCUUUACGUUGUUACAUCGAAACCUCAGAGCUGCCAUGACACCGACUGGAACCAAAGGUACUGAGCCAACUUGGUUCACCUGUCGUAUCUUUGUGAGAACAUGCAGCGCGUGUUACGCCCCCAUGCGGCUUCCAUCGCGAACAUCCAACUCGUGUUGCUCAAUCGAUGUCUUACCCUCCUCGCUCAUCCGUGAUCAAGUGUGCAACAGGGCACACGCCGAAUGGUGCGAGCCGCUCUGUUGUACACUGUAUGUAUGGAAUCCUCAGGUCCCAACCGAGCCUUAAGUCUUAUGAUUAUUAUCCAUGCCGUUACUAUUCGAGAGACGUAUUUAUUUUCCUCCCUCCGUUUAUCCUCGGCCUGUUUCUUUGCUCACUCAUGCUGUAAGUUUUAAUAGCCGACGUUGCUGUAUGCCGUUGAGUUUCUCCACUUUUGUCACUUUGUAGAUCAUAUUUUUGGGCUCCGAUACAACAUGCCUUUCUCCUGCGUCUUUCACAAUGAGCCCUGUGAUACGGUACACAAUGACUUUUCUAGCUUAUUGCAAAGUAGGGAGGGGCUUUUUCCUGUUAGCUGCUGUGUGGCAUGAGAUUGGUCAGUGUACAGUACUUACCUACGUUGCUUGGGAUGUCUGAAUGGAUCAACCUGCUUUUAAUAAACAUAAUGCCAUUUUC